UUGGAGGAAAUGGUGCGAGAAGUGAGUGGAGUGGGAGUAGUUGACAAAAUCUGAGCUUUGAGUCUGACUAGAUCCGUUUGUUUUGCUUAAAGGGUCUUAAAUUAAAGCCUACGUGGACUGGGGUUUACUUCCAUGUUUUUGUAAACACCUGGUGAAAUUUACACGGAUAUUCCAAGGGAUACAAGGAAUCUGUACAGUCUCACCGCUGGCACGUCAACUUGGGACAGAGGCAGGGUUAGCAUGCUAGCCACCACAUCAGCUAACCGCAGAUCUUGUCAUCUUUCCUUUUGAGGUUGAGAACUUUGUCGUCACACAACUCCAUUGUUUCUGCUUCAGUUUCCUGAGGAUUAUGUGAAAUCGUCAAACAUAUUUAUAAAGAAAUUGCACAGAAACACAAAUCAAAAUGUCCAUCACCAACACACCUACCAGCAAUGAUGCCUGUCUGAGCAUCGUACACAGCUUGAUGUGCCACAGGCAAGGCGGCGAGAGUGAGACAUUUGCUAAGCGAGCCAUAGAGAGCCUGGUGAAGAAACUAAAGGAGAAGAAAGAUGAGCUGGACUCCCUCAUCACAGCCAUCACCACUAAUGGAGCCCAUCCAAGCAAGUGUGUGACCAUUCAAAGGACACUUGAUGGACGGCUGCAGGUGGCUGGACGUAAAGGGUUUCCUCAUGUAAUCUAUGCCCGACUGUGGCGAUGGCCUGACCUGCACAAGAAUGAACUGAAGCAUGUGAAAUACUGUCAGUUUGCCUUUGAUCUGAAGUGUGAUAGUGUGUGCGUCAAUCCCUAUCACUAUGAGCGAGUGGUGUCUCCUGGCAUAGAUUUAUCAGGACUGACCCUGACCAAUUCUGGACCUAGCUCAGCACUGAUUGUUAAAGAUGAGUAUGACUUUGAUGGGCAGCAGAGUCUGCCUUCUAUUGAGGGUGGACACUCUCUCCAGACCAUCCAGCACCCCCCAUCCAGUAGCCGCACAGCCCCACCUGAAUCAUUUCCAACUCCAAACCUGCUUCCACCUGCCGAGGCCGCUACAUCCACCUCAACAUCCUCCUUCACUGCUAUUGCAGCAGGAUCAAGCAGUGCCAGCUCCAACUGGUCCAGGAAUAGUUUCACCCCCACCAUACCCCACCACACUAAUGGUCAUUUACAGCACCACCCUCCUAUGCCACAUCCAACACACUACUGGCCAGUGCACAAUGAGCUUGCCUUUCAGCCUCCUAUAUCGAAUCAUCCAGCUCCUGACUACUGGUGUUCCAUUGCCUAUUUUGAGAUGGACGUUCAAGUUGGGGAGACAUUUAAAGUGCCCUCUUCUUGCCCCAUUGUGACGGUAGAUGGCUACGUUGAUCCCUCAGGAGGAGACAGGUUCUGUUUGGGUCAGCUCAGUAACGUACAUCGCACUGAGGCUAUUGAGAGAGCAAGGCUUCAUAUCGGUAAAGGGGUCCAGCUGGAAUGUAAAGGUGAAGGGGAUGUUUGGGUACGAUGCCUAAGCGACCACGCAGUGUUUGUUCAAAGUUACUACCUGGACAGAGAGGCAGGCCGAGCCCCAGGAGAUGCUGUUCACAAAAUCUACCCCAGUGCUUAUAUCAAGGUGUUUGACCUCCGUCAGUGCCACAGACAGAUGCAGCAGCAGGCUGCUACGGCUCAAGCAGCAGCUGCAGCACAAGCAGCAGCUGUGGCUGGAAACAUACCUGGACCUGGAUCAGUAGGAGGGAUAGCCCCAGCUAUCAGUCUCUCAGCAGCUGCUGGUAUUGGAGUAGAUGACCUGCGGAGGCUGUGUAUUCUUAGGAUGAGCUUUGUUAAAGGCUGGGGCCCUGACUACCCUCGCCAGAGCAUCAAGGAGACCCCUUGCUGGAUUGAAAUCCACCUGCAUAGAGCUCUGCAGCUGCUGGAUGAAGUUCUUCAUACUAUGCCUAUAGCAGACCCCCAACCUUUGGAUUGAGAUCUAUCCAACAUCAGUUUUGCACCUCAGCAUACAGUGACAUAAAAAGUCUUCCUCCAAGAGCUUCUUCUUUUCAUUCUUUUUUUUUUUUUCCUUUCCUUUUUUUUUGUGGAGAAGAUGGUGAAACUGAAGCUUUCCUGUAUGUGUGUGUGGGGGGGGGGCUGCUCGUGACCCUAACAUGAGCCAAGGCUAUUAAUUAAAAAUGCCUGUAUUUUUAAUAAAUGGCUUUGAUUUUAUGACUGAAAUGGUUGUCACAGAUUAGAAGAACUAUACAGCACCAUGCGCAUAAAGGACCUUAAAAACCCAUGAACCUGAAAUGGACAGUAAACUUAAACAACACAAGAGCAUCUGUGUGUGACACAGUGACUCAUAUCCAGUGUCAGGGUGCUAAAGCACUUCUGGUUUUUUGUUUUCAGUUUUAACAUGAAACUUCUUCUCACCUGGAAUUACGCGCAAGUUCAGUCACUGGUGGAGCUGAAACGAAAAGCAACACUCUGUGGUUCACUUCACAACAACGUGCCUGUUGCUGCUUCUCAGCCAGCUAACGGGAAGCACCCAACUCCAUCAGGAUAAAUGAUGUAUAAUGUUGGAUAAAAAAUCAUAUUUCCUCUUCUCUAUUAAACAAAAUGAGUAGCAAAGAGCAGAAUGGGACAAGUUUUUUCCAUAGUUCUUCUCUACAUGUCGUACCUGAACUAAAUGUGUUUUAACACAUGUAGAAAUGUAGUGUAUACAGUGGUGAUUUAAUUGUGAUUGUAACAUUUCUUAAUCAGAAGAAGCUCUGACCAUGUGGUCAUUCAUUGUCACCAUCCACCAUGGUCACCUAUCAUCUGCACCCUCCUUAUGCUGCCCUAAAUGAUGAGUCUAUAUCCCUUCUGAUAGCUGUUUGCUUUCAAAGAAAAGUAGCUUGGAUGCUUUUGGUUCAAUAAGAAUGAUGUAAGAAAGCAAAUACAAGCAGCUCAUUGAGUACAAAGACUAGGGUUAAUCAGUGUUUUGGUGAACCACUGCUCUGAUGCUAGACGUUUUUCUUACAGUGCAGUGUAAACAUGAGCGAGAGACAAGUACAGUAAGUGGACUUUCUUUAGUUUCUUCUGUGUAAAUUUGAAGUUUUUGCAUUUUAAAGGUGGUGAUUGUUCUAUUUUUUGCUAUUUCACAAAUAUUUUUUAUCAGCAAACUGUAACUGACGCAUCGUUGGCCUCGGCAUAAUUGACCAAGUCACAUUUUAAGGUUUAGUAGGCAAUGAUGGACAUGAGGAGAAUACAGCUGGACAGCCUAAAUAUGACUUAGGCAAUCAUGCUCUGAAGCUAACGACAUUAAGUUAUUGUACCUAAAUAUUUGAUGACUUGCAGCCUACUUAUAUACUACUUGAUCCAGGUCUCUUGUGUAUAAUUUACUGACAGAGAGAAGAUAAUUUUUAGACAAUACUCAGCAAUAUUGGCAUAUUUUCAUGGUUUUAUUUUUGUUACAUUUACUAAAUGAUUUGUAUAGUAGUAGCACUUUAUUUUUCUUGAUUUAAUUCAAUAACCAUGAUGGCAAGGUUGUCCUGCGAUAGGACUACAGAAGUGAAUAGGUUUGUGUAAAGUCAGUGUAGGAUUGGAGGUGGAUGCAACAAUGUUUUGAGAACAUACUGUAUUUAACACUGAGACACCUUUUUAAACUGUAUUUACCCUUUUACUGCACGCAUUCACAGACGUCUUUAGUUUUCUGUUGGUUGGUCUAAAUUGCCGACUUUUUCUUUUUGAUUUUCCAUACUUCUGUUUAAUACUUGUAUAUAACUUUGUUUUUGAGAUGCAUGUCAAUGUUUGCAUGAAUUUGUCUGUCAGAGACCCUUCUGUACUUUUCCUCCUUUUUAAAGUGGAGUACAUCACCUGCACUGCACAGGUAAUUUAUCUGAAGAUAACAGAAACCAGAACCUGCUGUAUACUGGUGUUUGUGUGUUCCUAGUUAAAGAGAAGAAGUAUUAAAGGUACAUCGAGGAAAGCUACAGAGUCGUUCCUUAUCCAAUAUUCAUCAACCGAGUGAAAGCAAGUAAUCUAAGGUGUAGUUUCAACUAGAAAAAAAAACUUGUUCGUUCAAGAAUAAAUAGAAAAGCAGGACAUUUUCUGGUAAAAUAAGUUUAUUAUAAACAUAAACUAGACUGCUCUGUGCAGCAUUGGAUUCAUAUUGGUUGCUCUUUUUAAAGUCAGUUGUAAAUUAAACUUGUUUCAUUUACUGUUUUCAAAAUCAUAACAAAAAAAGUUCAUUUAAAGUUUCUGUCCAACAAAUUAACCAGAACUAAACCGCAAGUUGAUCUUCACCCAUUGCUGUCACAGUGCUGAUUUUACUAAACUUUGAGAGGUGGCUUGUAGUGUCAGUGUCAGUUUUUAAGAUGUAUUCACAGUAUUAUAUAUCCAUUUGUCAAAUGGCAGACAGUGGCAUGUCAGUCUGAAAGGAGAAAGUGCUCUAUCAUGCUUUAAGGUGGACAGCUGUGUUUUUUAUUAUUAUUUUGUUGGGAUUUAUUGUAGGAGCCAGAAGGCAGCUUGGUUGAGUUGAUGUUGACUUCUAUGAAAGAUUGCAGAUAUAACGUUUACCUGUAUUUCUUAUGUGAGAGUCUACAAUUAAAUAUCUCCAGAUCUUGUUUAAA